CACCAAUUCCAGAUGGAGGAGCGAGAGAUGAGAACUGCCCUCAUCCACCCCAGAGACACCGACCUUGAAAAGCUCUACCCAGCCCAAACCAUCCAAAUGCCCAUUGAUCACUUCCACAAUGACUCCAUCUAUGAACCACACACCAACGAGACCUUCCUUCUCCGAUACUGGUUCGACGCGAGCCACUACCAACCCGGCGGUCCGGUCAUCGUCCUCCAAGGCGGUGAGACCGACGGAGCUGGUCGUCUUCGAUAUCUGCAAAAGGGCAUCGUAGCCCAGCUCUCCCAGGCAACAAACGGGUUGGGUGUCAUUUUUGAACACCGCUACUACGGCGAAAGCCACCCCACUGACGACUUCAGCACCAAAAACCUUCGCUUCUUGACUACGGAUCAAGCCCUAGCUGAUCAAGCAUACUUUGCCCAAAAUGUCGUCUUCCCCGGCCUUGAACACUUGAACCUCACCUCUCACAACGUCCCUUACAUUGCCUACGGUGGCUCCUACGCCGGAUCAGUCGUUGCCUUUCUCCGCAAGCUCUACCCAGACGUCUAUUGGGGCGCCAUUGCCUCCUCUGGUGUUCCCGAGGCGAUCUAUGACUAUUGGGAGUACUACGAGGCCGCCCGGAUUUAUGGACCUAGGGAAUGUAUAGAGGCUACUCAGAAGCUUACUCAUGCGAUCGAUAAUGUGUUGAUCAACCACACCGACACCGAAUACCCACAACGGGUCAAGAAUAUCUUUGGGCUAGGCAAUAUCACCAGAAACGAUGACUUUGCCAAUGCCAUUGCCCAGGGAAUAGCCGGACUUCAAGGCUUGAAUUGGGAUCCGGCGGUCAACAGUACCGAGUUUGGACAUUACUGUGGGAAUAUCAGCUCGACCGAGGUCCUCUACCCCGGGAUCGCCGAGCGGGAGGAGGCAAAAGAACUUCUCGCCGUGGGUGGCUAUGAUGAAGUGAAGCUAGUAAAUCAGCUGCUCAAUUACAUUGGGUAUGUCGAUGCCACAGCUGUAAAAGGGUGCAAACGAAGAGGGAAGAGCCAGGACGAGUCCUUCACGAAUUAUGAUUCGAAGUUUUACCAGCAGGAUGAUAUCACGCAGGAGUGGAGGCUGUGGGCUUAUCAGUAUUGUUUCGAAUGGGGCUACCUCCAAACUGGCUCUGGUGUCCCUGCUGAUCAACUCCCGCUCAUCUCACGAUUGAUCAACCUCGAGUUCACGUCCACUGUCUGUCGGGAGGCGUUCAACAUUACGACUCCUUCUCAGGUGGAAAGGAUCAACAAGCAUGGCGGUGUGAACAUCAGCUACCCUCGCCUGGCUCAUGUUGAUGGAGAAUGGGAUCCCUGGCGUGCGGCAUCGCCUCAUAGGAUUGGGCUGCCAGGGCGGGAGAGCACUGUUUCCGAACCGUUUAUUCUCAUCGAGAAGGGUGUGCAUCACUGGGAUGAGAAUGGGUUGUUUCCUAAUGAGACUAGACCUGGGUUACCGCCCAAGCCGGUGGCUGACGUGCAGAAGGCGGAGGCAGAGUUUGUGAAGGCUUGGGUUGAGGAGUGGCACAAAGCGAGGGGUGACAUGAUGUAUGGGGAUGAUAUGGGGGAUCUGUAG